AUGACACAUGAAUCAACUGAAAUACCUGCAGCAGUUAUUUCAGAUUAUUGUCGAUUAGUUCUUCUUCAUCUUCUUCAAUCAAAAUUAUUAGUAUCAAAUGAAUAUUGGAGAAAUUUUAUGACUAAUAUUGCAAUACUUUUACCACAAUUACAAACUUACGCAAAUAAAAUUGAUCCACUUGGUCAAUUUAUUUUGGUGUUGACAUCAGAUACGGAACGAGAAAAAGAAUCUGUUCGAAAAACAGGUUAUCGCCAAUGUGUUGGUUAUCUGCUAGCAAAUACUCGUAUAAGACUUGAUGAUUUUCAUCAAUUUUAUCCAGCUGAUAAAUUAUUUGAUCUAUUUGUUAAUACACAGUCAAUAAAUGAUGCAGAAAUCUUAACAAAAGAAUAUGUUAAUGUUGAAAGUUUUCUUCGUGCUUAUGCAAUAUUCACUGAUCGUAGUAAAAUAGAUACAAGCGUUCGUAAAUCAGCAUUUGAACAAAUGGCAAUGAUGUUAACUGAUCCAUCAUUUCUUAAUCAUGGAGGUUUUGAAAACAUUCUCGAAGAAUUAAGAUUAAAUCUAAAACGUGACGAUAUUGUUUGCUCAACGGAUUAUACUUCAACUGUUCCACCUUGUACAAAAAUAAUUCGAUUGCUAAUACAAUAUAAUAGAAAUUUACAAAAGAAAUUUUCAUUACAUAACGAAUUACUUAAACUAUUAUUGAAAAUAAUUGUUUGUUGUCACAGUGAUCUUGAAAUUGUUUCAAAUUUAACCCAUGCAUUAGUAUUACUACUUUUUGAUCAAAGUCUAUACAUGACAUCGUUAUCGGAUUAA